AUGAAUUUACCCCAAGAAGUAAUUUUACGUGUUAUUGACAAAUUUUUAAAUGUAAAAGACAGUAUUAAUUUUGUUACUUGUAAAAAAACAAUAUGGUCAAUAGCUAUACUUCCUCGUCGUAAAGCACUCGUCCUUAAAAACCAUUCCGAUGUCAUUCAAAUCAGAAGAGCCAAAGAAAUCAUAAUUGAAAACAGGUACUAUCAUCCUGAUUUCAUCAAGCAUGUUUUAAAGUAUGCCAUCAACUUGAAUCAUAUCAAAUUCGAAAAAGCCAAUUAUAAAAUUGCCUUUAUUCAGUUGUUUAUGGUGAUUAAUCAAAAAUGCAAGUUGACAGUUCCAGCAACAGAUCUGAAUUUAUUCCAAGUUGUUGUUAAGGAUAAUUGUAACGAAUACAUUGACAUCGAUACAGUUAAUCAUGGUGGCAAGAGUGUAAAAAGAAUAAAAACUCCCGAGAUGGGUAUUAACAUCAUGAAAGACAAUUUGAGUGAUAUUCUUCUCAAUCACCAUAACAAUCAAUUGUUUGAUACAGAACAAUAUUCUAUUUAUAACAAUUUACAUCAAACAAACGUGGUGUUAAUGACAUUUCUGUACAUUCAUUCUCAAUCUGUUGAUGAUUGUGCCGAUUCAUCUCGGGUGAAUGCCCAAAACGAAGCUGUAUUUUGUAUCUGUAAAAAGACAAGGUUUGGACUUGAUUUUUUUGAGUUGACUGUCCGAUUCAGUAACGUUGAAUUGCUUGCCACCUCCGGCUUUUAUGGUCCUAUUGAAGGCCACACCAUCACCCCGUUUUUUGGGUCCUCGAUUCAAAAAUUACCAACAUCAAUCACAGGUGCAUAUAAUACUGUUGCCUCAAAAGAGGUAUUUAUACCAACAACAGCAAAAGCAUUCACAAAAGAUGUAAGACUUUUAAAUCAAUACAUCAAGACACAUUCUGCAAGACAAUGGAUGUUCCUUAGCAAGAAGUUUAAGUCAAAAGGAUAUAUUCCCCAUCAUCCACUUUCAUUUCUUGUAGAAAAUAUCGUACAAAGAGGAGCUUCUUUGUUGUUAAGAGCUUUUACGUAUAAAAUUCUACCUCAAGAAGAAAUUGCUGAAGUAGAUUCCAGAUUUAAAAAUUCUGUUACCAAACUGACAGCAUCAGGCAAACUAGUAAAGAAAUAUAUUACGGAACUAAAUAGCAAGGAUCAGCUCAUAAUCCGUGAAUAUGAUUAUGUACAAUUAAAAAAAGACAUGUUGUACAUUUAUGAAAACAUACUUGCUGGAGCCAUUAAAAAACAGAAACAGAACAUUGGCAUUAAAAGUUGA